UGCAAAGAAAAAGCACAUUGGAUUGUGAGAAUGGCUUCAUUGGAAGAGGUCCAAGAAACAGAUUCCAGUCCUGGAGCCAUUGAAAUUGUUUCAGUCACAGAAGAUGAACUGCCAGAUUCUGAGCUCUGUUUUUUCUACAAAAGGUUUUUCUGCAUACAGCAAACAAAAGUAGAUCCCAGUGAAAAUGAGAAUGAAGACACCACUACACCACAGUGCCAUGCUUUAAUACCUCUAAGGCUGCUUCCCCUCAUCCUUGCUUUAUUGCUUACGGUAAUCAUCGCAGUUGCUAUUGGCCUGGGUGUCAGAUUAAGUGGGCAGAAGGUGUGUUGCAGGUGUUCAGCUUUGGAACUGGAGGAAUGUGUCAGAAAUACUGAAGGAAAUCUAUGGAGUGUACAUUUUGUGAAUUCAGCUGAGUUCCCACUAGCUACAAUUGAAGAUGAAUUUCAGAAAUAUUUUGUUACAGCAAAUCACUGGUUAUCAGCGGAGCAGCUGACCUCACCCCAGAAUGCUACCUACCUGCGAGAAGAGUGCGCCUCAGGCAAUGUGGUUGUUGUAAAAUGUUUGGCAUGCGGCACUAGAUCUGGCUAUUCACCACGCAUAGUUGGUGGAAAUGCAUCAUUGCCCCAGCAGUGGCCAUGGCAAGCCAGCCUUCAGUUUCAAGGAUAUCAUUUGUGUGGGGGAUCUGUCAUCACCCCCUGGUGGAUAGUCACAGCAGCUCACUGUGUCUAUGAUUUGUCAUUUCCUAGAGCUUGGAGUGUACAUGUGGGUUUUGUAAUACUGGAAGAAAAACCCAUUAAUCCAUACUUAGUGGAUAAAAUAAUAUACCAUAAAAAUUAUAGGCCUAAAACAAUGAAGAAUGAUAUAGCACUGAUUAAGCUGGCCAAUCCACUUGCACUAAAUGGUCUUAUAGAGCCAAUUUGUCUUCCUAAUUUUGGAGAACAUUUUCCAGAAGGGAAAAUGUGUUGGAUAUCAGGAUGGGGGACUACAGAAGAAGGAGGGGACACGUCUGAGACCAUGAAUUAUGCUGGGGUUCCUUUGAUUUCAAACAAAGUGUGCAACCACAGAGAGGUCUAUGGAGGAAUUGUAGCUUCAUCAAUGCUCUGUGCAGGUUAUUUAAAGGGAGGCAUUGACUCCUGCCAGGGAGAUAGUGGUGGACCAUUAGUAUGUGAAGAUCUGAAUACCUGGAAACUGGUGGGCACAACCAGCUUUGGGAUGGGCUGUGCAGAAGAAAAUAAACCAGGGGUUUACAGCCGAAUUACAUCCUUUCUAGACUGGAUACAUGAACAGAUGGAGGUUUACUUUCUGAUAGUUCCUUCUCCUGUGCUUAAUCAUGAUGUAUAUAAUGCAGUCAGUGUUCUCUUCUCCAUUCUCUCGUCAGUGGUUUCUCCUGUUGUAUACCUUAGGAUUGGUGAAAAAAUAUGUAUUUUGGUUCACUUUUCCUAAGCAGUCAUGAAAAUUUGCAACAUUAUUUAUUUUCAGGACAGAAAGAAUUUGUGA